AUGUUCUUCCAUCUACCAACGUUCGGUCUCACCUCAACACCUGCCCUUCCUACAGUUCCUCCAUUCAAUCGUUCUGCCCCUUUUACAGACGUUGCUAUUCAACCUAGAACACAAUCACCUAUCGUCAGCCUUAGAGGUGGCACUGGCUCGCCUUCUGCUCUGCGAGGCUAUGAGCGCCUCCCACCAACAUUAUUCUGGCUUGCAGGUGGUCGAGGCAAACCUAUUACCAAUGUUAGCUGGAAGACCCAAAGGCCUAAGAAGAGAAUGAACGGAUUGCUUGGUAUGGCUCUUCAUGGGCUUGACGCAGGUACCGAAUAUAGGGAAAAGGCAAGAACACAAGAUAACGGCAUGAGCACUGGGGUUGGGCAGGAUAUGCCAGUCGUUCCUCAAGCAAGCAAAUCCGUCACGGAAGAGAAGGCGGAGAGUGCGAAGUCAGAAAACACUUAUUCUUCCAGGUCCUGUUCAUCAUUGACGAGCAAUACGAAAAGACACACUGCACAGUCCUCAAGAUCGAGCAGAUCCGGCAAGGUGCGUCGUGAAGCACAAAGGGAGACACCCUUGGAACCGGCACCUGAGGAAGCAGCUGCUGCUCGAGGGGAGGCAGACCAUAUCCAAACUAGCGCUGCAGCCACAGAAGACCAGCCCGCAAAUGCCCUAAAGGAAGAUGCCCCUCUGGUUGAAAAUUCGCAGAGAGAGCCCAUGAGCGUUGAUCCCCAAGGAGAAACACCGCCUCUGAACGAAAACGUGAAGGAAGGACAACCGGCGGCAGAAGAGAAUGGCGAGGCAAACACACAGAGUGGUUGA